GAUGUGAAGACGGACAAAUCGUCUUCCCAAUGAGCCUGUAGACGAGCGGAGCCGACAGACCAAUGAGGAGUGCGGGGCGGGACCCUUUGCCGCGGCGGAGUCCAAAAUGGCGGCGUGCGGUUCCGCUGUGUGAAGCGAGCGCGGGGCGGCGGGUUACUCGGCUCCGCGGGGACGACCUCCGGCGACCCACGACAAUGAAGGGGAAAGAGCGCUCGCCGGUGAAGCCCAAGCGCUCCCGUGGUGGUGAGGAAUCGACCUCGCGUGGGGAGCGGAGCAAGAAGUUGGGGGGCUCUGGCGGCAGCAACGGGAGCAGCAGCGGGAAGACCGACAGCGGCGGCGGGUCGCGGCGCAGCCUCCACCUGGACAAGUCCAGCAGCCGAGGCGGCAGCCGCGAAUAUGACGCCGGCGGGGGCGGCUCCAGCAGCCGCUUGCACAGCUACAGCUCCCCGAGCGCCAAAAAUUCCUCGGGCGGGGGCGAGUCGCGCAGCAGCUCCCGGGGUGGAGGCGGGGAGUCGCGCUCCUCCGGGGCCGCCGCCUCCGCGCCCGACGGCGGGGAGUACAAGACCCUCAAGAUCAGCGAGCUGGGGUCCCAGCUGAGCGACGAGGCGGUGGAGGACGGGCUCUUCCACGAGUUCAAGCGCUUCGGCGACGUCAGCGUCAAGAUCAGCCACCUCUCGGGCUCGGGCGGCGACGAGCGCGUCGCCUUCGUGAACUUCCGGCGGGCCGAGGACGCGCGGGCGGCCAAGCACGCCAGAGGCCGCCUGGUGCUCUACGACCGGCCGCUGAAGAUCGAGGCGGUGUACGUGAGCCGGCGCCGCAGCCGCUCGCCGCUGGACAAGGACGCCUACGGGCUGUCGUCCGGCCUGGCGGGCAUGGCGGUGGGCGGCCACCGGCACGCCCCGGGCGGCGGCGGCCAGCGGUCCCUGUCCCCGGGGGGCGCGGCCCUGGGCUACCGCGACUACCGGCUGCAGCAGCUGGCGCUCGGCCGCCUGCCCCCGCCCCCGCCGCCCCCGCUGCCCCGCGAGCUGGAGCGGGAGCGCGACUACCAGUUCUACGACCGGGUGCGCCCCGCCUACAGCCUGGAGCCCCGGGUGGGCGGCGCCGGCGGCGCGGCCCCUUUCCGCGAGGUGGACGAGAUCUCGCCCGAAGAUGACCAGCGCGCCAACCGGACGCUUUUCCUGGGAAACCUCGACAUCACUGUGACCGAGAGCGACUUGCGACGCGCUUUCGACCGCUUUGGCGUCAUCACGGAGGUGGACAUCAAGCGACCUUCCCGGGGCCAGACGAGCACCUAUGGCUUCCUCAAAUUUGAGAACCUAGACAUGUCCCACCGGGCCAAGUUGGCCAUGUCGGGCAAGAUCAUCAUUCGCAAUCCUAUCAAGAUCGGUUACGGCAAAGCGACGCCCACCACCCGCCUUUGGGUGGGGGGCCUGGGACCUUGGGUGCCCCUGGCGGCUCUGGCUCGUGAGUUUGACCGCUUCGGCACCAUCCGCACCAUCGACUACCGCAAAGGUGAUAGUUGGGCGUAUAUCCAGUACGAGAGCCUGGACGCAGCUCAUGCUGCCUGGACCCAUAUGCGGGGCUUCCCCCUGGGGGGCCCCGAUCGUCGCCUUAGAGUUGACUUUGCUGACACAGAACAUCGUUACCAGCAGCAGUAUCUGCAGCCUUUGCCCUUAACGCAUUAUGACUUGGUGACAGAUGCUUUUGGACAUCGGGCACCCGACCCUUUGAGGGGUGCGCGAGAUCGAACACCGCCCUUACUGUACAGAGAUCGUGAUAGGGACCUUUAUCCUGACUCUGAUUGGGCCCCGCCUCCACCCCCAGUCCGCGAACGCAGCACGCGGACUACAGCUGCUGCUGUGCCUGCAUAUGAGCCUCUGGAUAGCCUGGAUCGCAGGCGGGAUGGCUGGUCCUUGGACCGGGACCGAGGUGACCGGGAUUUGCCCAGCAGCAGAGACCAGCCCAGGAAGAGGAGGCUGGCGGAGGAGAGUGGGGGAAGGCAUCUGGAUCGGUCCCCUGAGAGUGACCGGCCCCGGAAACGCCACUGUGCACCUUCACCUGACCGCAGUCCAGAACUCAGCAGCAGCCGGGACCGCUACAACAGUGACAACGAUCGCUCUUCCCGCCUCCUCUUGGAAAGGCCCUCUCCUAUCAGAGACAGAAGGGGUAGUUUGGAGAAGAGCCAGGGUGACAAGAGGGACCGUAAAAACUCUGCGUCGGCCGAACGAGAUAGGAAGCACCGGACAGCUGCUCCCACUGAGGGGAAAAGCCCACUGAAAAAGGAAGACCGGUCCGAUGGGAGCGCACCCAGCACCAGCACAGCUUCAUCGAAGCUCAAGUCUCCUGCCCAGAAACAGGACAGCGGGUCAGCCUCCACCGCUUCCACCUCGCCAAAACUCUGUUUGGCCUGGCAAGGUAUGCUUCUGUUGAAGAACAGCAACUUCCCGUCCAAUAUGCAUCUCUUGCAGGGUGAUCUCCAAGUGGCUAGUAGUCUUCUUGUGGAGGGCACAACUGGAGGCAAAGUGGCCCAGCUCAAGAUCACUCAGCGGCUUCGUUUGGACCAGCCCAAGUUGGAUGAAGUAACGCGUCGUAUCAAAGUGGCAGGGCCCAAUGGUUAUGCCAUUCUUCUUGCUGUGCCUGGAAGUUCUGACAGCCGAUCCUCUUCAUCAGCCACAUCAGACACUGCCACCUCUACUCAGAGGCCACUUAGGAACCUUGUGUCCUAUUUAAAGCAAAAGCAGGCAGCUGGGGUGAUCAGCCUUCCUGUGGGGGGCAACAAAGACAAAGAAAACACCGGGGUUCUUCAUGCCUUCCCACCCUGUGAGUUCUCCCAGCAGUUCCUGGAUUCCCCUGCCAAGGCACUGGCCAAAUCUGAAGAAGAUUACCUGGUCAUGAUCAUUGUCCGUGGUUUUUCUUUUUUAACCUUGAGCUUUAACAAAAAUUCCUCAAAGUUACAAAGUCAAAUUUUGGAAAAGUCAGAAUUUGGAGGAAAAAGCCCACUGACUAGAAAAAAUGAGCUGAAGAUGAUACAGAUGUCUGGCUCUUAACAAGGACUUUUGCUGCUUAAUACUAAUGCAAAACUGGUGAACAGCAGAUGAAGACAUGGAAUUCAAAGAUCUAAUGGACCUUUUUGAAGACAAGUUAUGGCUCAUGUGGAGUUUACAUGGGCCUCUUGAUGGAAGAAAGCUAAUCUGUUUAGUAUUUGUGCAUUUUACUAAAAUGGCAGCUUAAAGUUGUGUAUCUGCUAUUGUGAUGCCAAUGCCGGUGUUUUAAGUGGAAAAAAAAUGACCUCUUUGCUUUUGUGCUGUGUACACAAGAUUUCUGGAAAAGUAAAGAAAAACCCUUUUUAUGGCUCACACAGCUUAAAAGUAGCUGUCACUCAAACAUGCGCUCACAGUUGAGCUGCUUUUGUUUUAUUCUAAAUAAAUUGUUUCUUUUGAGGAAAAUGUU